GUUGAUCAUGUGCCUUUCCUGGGGCUGGGGACUGUCCUACGUUGAUUGGCUUAGAUCUGGCUUAUGCGCUGGUUCCUGAAAUAAACACCGUGUCAAGAGCAGGAUAUACUUGCAGUUUAAUUUAGCCAAACCUGGACCUAUGCUGGAGCUGAGGAUGGAGCAAAUACCAGCAAAACUGCCUAAAUGUUCCCCAGUGCUGUGGGGGUGGAACGGACGCUGAGAAGCUCACCCUAAUAUCCAAUUCACCAUGGAAAAAAGACAGGAAGGAUAUACAGCAAAGUGCCCACGACAGUUAUUUUCAAGUGGUGAUAUUAUGGGGAAUUUUUAUUUUCUUUUUUACGCUUAUCUGUAUUUUACCUUUUUUACAACAAGCAUAUAUUACUUGAAUAACUUCAAAGAGAAAUGAAAGCUAUAAAUAUGAGGAAAAGCUGGUAUAUAACACUGGCAAGUAAUUAGCAGCUUGAGGGAUUUAAAGCAGACGUGUUGGCAAACAGGAAACAUGAAUUUUCAGAAUGGUACCAACGGUGCCUUGCAGAAGCUUCCAACUGCCUUUCUCUUGCCCCUGUUAGGCAAUUCCGUCGUUUCUACAGACUUAAUCUGAGAUCUCUGAAGGCUAGUCUGGCUUAAAACUACCAGUUUCAGCGGCUUGCAAUUUUCUCUUAUAUUUGGGUGGGGAAGAUUUUUCAGUUUUCCCUUAGAGACACUUUCCCUUGUGGGGCGUGAUAGUGUGUGCCUCGUUGCAGAAGGACCCCUGUAUGCAGAAGUAGAGGCGCUGGCCUCAGGCUCCUCCACUUCCUCUUGGACAGAAGACGCUGAGCAUUUUUUCAGGAAGUGGUCACCCCAGUGGUCCCCGGCUUUCUCAGACUUCCUGCAGCUCUCUACACAGUGAAUCACAGUGAGACACUGGCAGCAGGCACCACGGAAGGGACCCUCAAAUCUGAAGGCUCAAGGUCCUGGGAAAAGAUGAAGUGGAGCAUGCCUCUUGUUUCCUCCUAUUAGAUGCUGAGUGUUGGAAGUUCUUCCUAGGAUUCACAAAGAAACUCCUGCUCUUCUUCCACAUACUUUUUCCUGGGAAAGAAAACUUGUUUCACUGGCAGAAAAGAUCCCCACUGUUAAAGUGAGGUAAAGAAGAUUCUUGCUUCCUCUUUACGCAUCUGCCAUGAUUGUAAGUUUCCUGAGGCUUCCCCAGCCAUGCUGAACUAAGUAAAUGGUCUCAACCAGUGAAUGGAAAAAGGAAAGUAACUUCAAAUUUUGGAAAGGGAUCCAGAACAAAAUCAUCAAGUUGAAGAUCCUGGAAGAUGACUGAAGCUCAGCCAGGGGGAAGCCUUUUGAUGGUGAAGUGUCAGAGAGCAAAGGAGGAACUGUCAACAAUGGUGAUUCCACUAAUGAAAAUAUCCAAUGUGAGCUGGUGGUCCUUUGCUUGUUGUUCUGAGGAUGGUCGCAGAGAUCCAGAACGUAGAGGGUCAGAUGCAGGAGCAGGUUUGCCCUGAGCCCAUUUUCAGGUUCUUCAGAGAAAACAAGGUGGAGAUUGCAAGUGCAAUAACAAGGCCAUUUCCUUUCCUUAUGGGCCUCCGAGACCGCUCCUUCAUCUCCGAGCAGAUGUAUGAACAUUUUCAAGAAGCUUUUAGAAACCUGGUCCCAGUGACAAGAGUGAUGUAUUGUGUACUCAGUGAACUGGAGAAGACAUUUGGCUGGUCACAUCUGGAAGCAUUGUUCAGCAGGAUUAACCUGAUGGCCUAUCCUGAUUUAAACGAGAUUUACAGAAGCUUCCAAAAUGUAUGCUAUGAACACUCACCUCUCCAAAUGAAUAAUGUAAACGAUUUAGAAGAUAGACCCAGAUUACUACCAUAUGGUAAACAAGAGAACAGCAAUGCCUGUCAUGAAAUGGAUGAUAUAGCAGUGCCUCAGGAAGCCUUGAGCUCCUCGCCAAGGUGUGAGCCAGGUUUCUCUUCAGAGUCUUGUGAGCAAUUAGCUCUCCCAAAGGCUAGUGGAGGAGAUGCUGAAGAUGCACCCAGCCUACUACCAGGUGGGGGAGUGUCCUGUAAACUUGCUAUACAAAUAGAUGAAGGAGAAUCAGAAGAAAUGCCCAAGUUACUGCCUUAUGAUACAGAAGUUCUAGAAAGCAACGGGAUGACAGAUGCGGCAAGGACAUACAGCACAGCGCCAGGGGAGAAACAGGGAGAGGAGGAAGGCAGGAACAGUCCCAGAAAAAGAAACCAAGACAAGGAGAAGUACCAAGAGAGUCCAGAGGGAAGAGACAAAGAGACCUUUGAUCUAAAAACUCCCCAAGUCACUAAUGAAGGAGAACCAGAGAAUGGGCUCUGUCUACUACCAGGUGAAGGAGAAGAGGGCAGUGAUGACUGUUCAGAAAUGUGUGAUGGAGAAGAGCCCCAGGAAGCCUCUAGCUCCCUAGCAAGAUGUGGGUCAGUUUCUUGUUUCUCUGCAGAGACCUUUGAUCUAAAGACUCCCCAAGUCACUAAUGAAGGAGAACCAGAGAAGAAGCUCGGUCUACUACCAGGUGAAGGAGAAGAGGGCAGUGAUGACUGUUCGGAAAUGUGUGAUGGAGAAGAGCCCCAGGAAGCCUCUAGCUCCCUAGCAAGACGUGGGUCAGUGUCUAGUGAACUAGAAAAUCACCCAAUGAAUGAAGAAGGAGAAUCAGAAGAGCUUGCUUCUAGCCUGCUAUAUGAUAAUGUACCAGGAGCAGAGCAAUCAGCAAAUGAAAAUGAGAAGUGUUCCUGUGUCAUGUGUUUCUCAGAAGAGGUGCCAGGAAGCCCAGAAGCAAGGACGGAAAGUGAUCAAGCGUGUGGCACAAUGGAUACUGUGGAUAUUGCAAACAACUCUACUUUGGGAAAACCCAAGAGGAAAAGAAGAAAAAAGAGGGGGCAUGGCUGGAGCAGAAUGAGAAUGAGAAGGCAGAAAAACAGCCAACAAAAUGAUAAUAGCAAAGCCGACGGCCAGCUGGUCUCCAGUGAAAAGAAGGCGAACGUGAAUCUGAAAGACCUUUCCAAGAUUAGGGGGAGAAAGAGAGGCAAACCUGGAACCCACUUCACUCAGAGUGACAGAGCUGCACAGAAAAGAGUCCAAUCAAGAGCUUCAAGAAAGCACAAAGAUGAAACUGUGGAUUUUAAGGCUCCUUUGCUUCCAGUGACCUGUGGUGGGGUGAAGGGAAUUUUACAUAAGAAGAAAUUGCAGCAAGGAAUCUUGGUGAAGUGUAUACAGACUGAGGAUGGAAAAUGGUUCACCCCCACGGAAUUUGAAAUCAAAGGAGGCCACGCAAGAUCGAAGAACUGGAGGCUGAGUGUGCGCUGUGGCGGGUGGCCCCUACGAUGGCUGAUGGAGAAUGGAUUUCUGCCUGAUCCUCCAAGAAUACGUUACAGGAAAAAAAAGAGAAUACUGAAGUCUCACAACAAUAACUCAGUUGACCCUUGUAUGAGAAACCUGGAUGAGUGUGAGGUGUGCCGGGAUGGAGGGGAGCUGUUCUGUUGCGACACUUGUUCAAGAGUCUUCCAUGAGGACUGUCACAUCCCGCCUGUGGAAGCUGAGAGGACCCCAUGGAAUUGCAUCUUCUGCAGGAUGAAGGAGUCUCCGGGAAGCCAACAGUGUUGUCAGGAAUCUGAGGUCCUGGAGAGGCAGAUGUGUCCUGAGGAACAGUUGAAAUGUGAGUUCCUCCUCUUGAAAGUCUAUUGCUGUUCUGAGAGCUCCUUUUUUGCCAAGAUUCCAUACUAUUAUUAUAUUAGAGAGGCGUGUCAAGGCCUGAAGGAGCCCAUGUGGUUGGAUAAAAUCAAGAAAAGGCUGAAUGAGCACGGUUACCCCCAAGUGGAGGGGUUUGUACAAGACAUGCGCCUCAUCUUCCAGAACCACAGGGCCUCUUACAAGUACAAGGAUUUUGGCCAAAUGGGAUUUAGACUGGAGGCUGAGUUUGAGAAGAAUUUCAAGGAAGUGUUUGCUAUUCAGGAAACAAAUGGGAACAAUUGACUGGAUUAGUGGAUGCUGAAAGCAUUCAGCAAAUGGCACCCUAAAAUAUGCCGCUGGUUUGCCACUGACUUCAAAAUGAGGUCACUUGGGCACAGCACAUGCAGGGAGGGGCUUUUCUCUGAGCCUCCCUCAUCUGCCCAAAGACAAAUCCUCAAAAGGAAAUUCAAUCAUCAUGAAUCACAACCCCAAGUAUCUCAUCAGCCAGGGAAGAGUAAGUGGGAUCACAGGGAAGGAUAUUGGCAGUGACACCAUCCCAUACAGGCUCUUACCUCUUCUCCUGAGGGCUGCUCCAGACAACAUUUAUUACCCGGAAGACCUUUUGUCUGAAAACCAGCCAAGCUUUAUUCAGGACACACUUCUUGCCUUCACUCUCCCACUUCCGUGGCCACCUCCAUGCAGAAGCCCUAAGCCCACAUUCUUUCGAUAGCUCACGGUGGUGUAUGAGUGUCCAUCAUCUGACUCUUCUCGAAGUCUCAUAUUUUGUGGGACUCCUGUGCAAACAUAUGUUAUUAAAAUUUUUUUCCUCCUGUU